CCAGUGAACACAUCAUUAAACCAAUGUGGAAACCUCCUGCUGGUCACUAGUCUGAGCUCCAAGCCUCACUAAGACUCCCUCACUCAGCAGACCUGCUGGAGAGCUGGGGACUAGCUAUUAAUGAGCUAAACUGGGAGAGACCAUAUUCAGAGAAACUCAUCAUUUAAGGCACAAUGACUAAAUGGAAAAACAUGCUUCUUCUGCUACUGACAUUAAUAGGUCUACACUGGAGGUGUGAUGCCCAGCCAAAUUAUCAAGUCCUCGACCUCCUCUCCACCCAAGUCCAGAGGCAAAUAACAAGUUUCCUUCAACAAGCUCUGAACAGUCCCUCCAUGAAUGAAGUGUAUGUAUUGUCUACCUUCAAACUGCAGCCUAAAUCCACGGCCACACUCUUCGGCCUUUAUUCUUCAAAGGACAACAGUAGAUACUUUGAAUUUACAGUAAUGGGCCGUUUAAACAAAGCCUACCUUCGAUACCUCAAAAGUGAUGGGAAGUUAAACUCCGUCAUAUUUAACAAUAUUGAGUUUGCUGAUGGGAAGCAGCACACCUUGCUCUUGCACCUUAGUGGCUUACACCGGGGGUCCAGCACUGCUGAGCUAUACCUGGAUUGUAUCCAGGUGGACGCUGUCAAAGACCUACCACGACCUCUGUCUGGGAUCAACAUGGACACAGCAUCUGUGCAGCUGAAAACCUUACAGAAACGGCCACAGGAUUCUAUGGAUGAACUGAAGCUGGUCAUUGGGGGUUCUCUAUCACAAAUAGCCUCCAUACAGGAAUGUUUCAUGCAGCAGAGUGAGCCCGGACAAUACGCAGGUGAUGUCAGCAGACAACUAGUAGGUCAAAUCACACAAAUGAAUCAAAUGCUGGGCGAGCUUCGAGAUGUUAUGAGACAGCAGGUGAAGGAGACCAUGCUGCUGAGAAACACCAUCUCUGAAUGCCAAGCCUGCGGUUUUAACUCCAAUGAGGACUACCCAACACCAGCUCCGGUCCGGCCUCAAAAGCCUAAAUGUACGGCAUCCUCUUGUUUCCAGGGAGUGCAAUGUACAGAGACAUCUACUGGGUAUCAGUGUGGACCUUGCCCCAACGGGUAUACGGGCAAUGGCAUUAUCUGCACUGACAUAGAUGAGUGUCGAUCGAAUCCUUGCUUACCUGGAGUUCGAUGCAUAAACACUACCCCUGGUUUCAAGUGUGAAGCUUGCCCCCCCGGGACUAAACUAACUAUUGUUCAAGGCGUUGGCAAGCAGAACAAGCAGGCCUGCGAGGAUAUCGAUGAAUGUCAAACGAGGAAUAAUGGUGGCUGCGUGGCUAACUCUAUCUGCGUAAACACAUUGGGCUCUUACGUCUGUGGGCCUUGUAAAGCCGGCUACGUUGGUGACCAGAAGAAAGGCUGCAAGCGGGAGAGCAGUUGCCGCAGUGAGGGAUCGAACCCGUGCCAUGCCAGCGCUCAGUGUAUUGAGGAGAAAGGAGGUGUCGUUAUCUGUGUCUGUAACGUUGGAUGGGCUGGCGAUGGGUACAUGUGUGGAAAAGAUACUGACAUUGACGGGUAUCCCGAUGAAGCUCUGCUGUGUAAAGAAAGCGUCUGUCGUAAGGACAACUGUCUCUACGUUCCCAACUCAGGUCAAGAGGACACAGAUAGGGACGGCAUUGGAGAUGCUUGCGAUGAUGACGCAGAUGGCGAUGGAAUUCUUAAUGAACAGGAUAAUUGCAUGCUGGCCAUCAACAUCGAUCAGAAAAAUAGUGAUCAAGACAUAUUCGGAGAUGCGUGUGAUAAUUGCCGUCUAACAUUGAACAAUGACCAAAGGGACACAGACAAUGACGGGAAAGGAGAUGCUUGUGAUGAUGAUAUGGAUGGAGAUGGUAUCAAGAACUUCUUGGACAACUGCCAGCGUGUUCCUAAUAUAGACCAGAAGGACAGGGAUGGAGAUGGUGUGGGUGAUGCCUGUGACAGCUGCCCUGACAUCAUCAACCCGAAUCAGUCAGACAUUGAUAACGACCUGGUGGGAGAUUCCUGUGACACUAAUCAAGACAGUGAUGGAGACGGACAUCAAGACAGCACCGAUAACUGCCCCACCGUGAUUAACAGCUCCCAGCUGGACACUGACAAGGACGGGAUGGGAGAUGAAUGUGACGAUGAUGAUGACAAUGAUGGAAUUCCUGACCUGAUUUCUCCAGGGCCGGAUAAUUGCAGACUGGUUCCCAACCCGGGACAGGAGGACGACAAUGAUGAUGGAGUCGGAGAUAUCUGUGAAUCUGACUUUGAUCAGGACAAGGUCAUUGAUCGCAUUGAUGUUUGCCCCGAAAAUGCAGAGAUCACUUUGACUGAUUUUAGGGCUUAUCAGACUGUAGUAUUGGAUCCAGAAGGCGACGCACAGAUCGAUCCUAACUGGAUAGUUUUAAACCAGGGAAUGGAGAUUGUGCAGACGAUGAACAGCGACCCGGGUCUUGCUGUCGGUUACACGGCUUUCAAUGGAGUUGAUUUUGAAGGCACCUUCCAUGUGAAUACCGUGACCGAUGACGACUACGCUGGCUUUAUAUUUGGCUAUCAGGACAGUUCAAGCUUCUAUGUGGUCAUGUGGAAACAGACGGAACAGACGUAUUGGCAGGCCACCCCGUUCCGAGCUGUCGCAGAGCCUGGUAUUCAGCUGAAGUCUGUGAAAUCUAAGACAGGACCUGGGGAACACCUGAGGAACUCCUUGUGGCACACGGGAGACACCAAUGAUCAAGUGCGAUUGCUCUGGAAAGACCCAAGAAAUGUUGGCUGGAAAGAUAAGGUUUCUUAUCGUUGGUUCCUCCAGCACCGACCCCAGGUUGGGUACAUCAGGACUAGAUUUUAUGAAGGAAGUGAACUAGUCGCUGACUCCGGAGUCACGGUCGACACCACCAUGCGAGGAGGAAGACUUGGUGUAUUCUGCUUCUCCCAGGAAAACAUAAUUUGGUCUAACCUGAAAUAUCGCUGUAACGAUACAAUCCCUGAGGAUUUCCAGGCUUUUCAAACCCAGAACUUUGCUACUUAAAGGCCUAAAACAGCAAAAGACUUUUUUUUUUUUUAAAUCUCGUUUUUUUUUGUUUAUAAAAGUCACCUCUUCGCUCCUGAUGUAACUAUGAUUAUUUGGUUUUAUACUUCCUGAACAUGAAUGUAUGUGCAUAAAAAUGGAUCCAAUAAAAUAACUGUUUGAACCCCA